UCUCCCACCCUUCCUGCCUCGGUGUCGAGCGGGAGGAGGCGAGGCUGUCACGUGAUUGCGGUUAUUGCCUCGAAUCUCUGUGCUCCAAGCAGACGUGGACUUGACGGGAUGCAUUUGUGAGGACGCAACCAGACUUAACAAAGUUCCCAGAGGUACAACCAACUCUACAUACUUUACAUUCAUUUUGGCAUAUCGCUGUACCUAUUGUGUGACAAAUCAUUUCUCGUGUGCUACUCGCGCUGCGCUGUGAUUUUUUUUUUUUUUUUUUUUUGGAAGUCUGAAAUUGGAUCUUAAGGGCAAUUAUUUUUCUACCCACCAAUACAAACUGAGAAGGGUUUUGUCAUUAUUUGGUACCCGGUGAAGAAUGAAGAAUAAAUCCCCUCCUUAUUUCUAUUUGUCAUCCAUUUUGAAAGCAUUUGUUUACUCUGGCCUCGUUGACCUGCUCCCGACAUUGGACGCAAAGUGCUUUGUGAACGAGUGUGUCUCGUUUUUUUCUGUCGAACGUUGUCCGUUUUUCCAAGCUCACGCUGUUGUUUUCUUUCUUUGUUUCUUUCAAGCCGCAAGCAGCGAGCGGAGUCGUGUUCCGGAACAGGCGACAGACACACACACGGCUCAACGGUUACCCAAGUGACACCCGCCCCGCGGGAGAGCUCUGAGACGCCCGCCUCGGUGUGUUUUCGCCGACGAGCGUCGUCGUGUAAUUAGUCGCUGGGUGGUAACAGUCGUCAAAGUCCCUCUCGGAGCUCGGGAGGCUGCGCGGUUUCCCCCUCAGGGUCUCGCCCGGGCGCCAACGUCUGCAUUUUCGUUUGCCUCCGUCACCAUACGAGGGGCAACGCGCCUGCGAGCCCCGACGUGCACGCCAUCACGUGAGCAGCCUUCCGUUGCGCGACGAUGACUGGCCACACUCCUGAGAGAGAUCGCUCGCCCCACAACCUGUCAGUCAAGACCGGCUUGGAGGAGGAGAUCGAGAGGGCCCAGAGUAUUCGAAGCAGGUGAGAAGAACAUUUCAAUAUUCCAGACGCCGUUCCUCCCCUCACCCGUGGGCCGAAAGAACGAGAUCCGCCGAAAUGAGUUUGUCCGGGUGAGAAGCGCAAAUCCAUCCGGGAGGGGGCUCAGUGUCGAGGAGCCAGAUGAGGGGGGCAUCUGAUUCGGACGAGGUCCCGCCGGAAAGAGACCCCGAGGACGACCCGGGACACGCCGUAGAGAGACUACGUCUCUCGGCUGGCUCGGGAUCCCCUCCGGAAGAGAGGGAAGUCCGGGUAUCCCCGCGACCUGACCCGGAAAAGCGGUCGAUAAUGGCUGGAGUGACGUGACGUCGAGUUAGUUAUUCAAAAUCAGAGGCAUCCAUCCGUGUGUUUUGUGUUGCGCCUCCCUUCACGAGGGCAGACGGUGGCCUGGAGCCUCUCUGGGCGGGCGGACGGGCGCGGCAGAACCUGAACCGGUCACGUAGCGGGACGGUAGUGUCAUUUUUGUGAGCUGACCUUGCAGGGUUCCGUCCGUCUGCGACGACACGUCCUCGGAGCUCCAGCGGGUCGCCGCCCUGGAGCCUCGCGCCGGCAGCUCCAGAAACUCUUUCCAAAGGAACGGCGCCGUCUCAAGGUACAAAAAGCAGGCCGGACGACAAGGCCCAGCAAAGUAUCGGGCCCUCUUCUUCUUCACUUUGUUCAUAAUAUCAUAAUUGGCUGGUAUAGUUGAAUGGAUUUUGAAUCCUUGGGGUCAAUAAUCACAGACAUGUUAUUCAGACUUCUUUUUUUUUUUUUAAAAGAAUAGUUCUUAAAAGUCUGACAGCUUCAAUCAAAAUUCAGUUUUAAAUGAUAAAAGUAUGAGAAAACUGAAAUUGUAUUGGCGAGGCAAUAUUCUCUUAUCUUUUUAAACGAUAACUAUAUGAGAAAACUGAAAUUGUAUAUUCUAUGGAGGAAAUGCCAAUGAAAUUUAGCUGCCUCACGUACACGCCCGAAAACCACGCCAAUGAUUCCGUUUGGGAUAUGAAUAUUCAUGACUUGCUCAAGAGAAAGGAGUUCCUUCAGCAAACGGUAAAGUCUACCAAGGGUUUCAACCUCCUCCAUUCAAAUGAAUGGGGAAAUCUACCAAGGGACACAACAUAACAAAUGUACACGAGUAAAUGAAGGCAGCUGCGGAAAGUAUGCCAGGAAAUAUGAGCACGUAGACAAUGAUUUGGCCAAACCCGAGAGCACCGCGUGGAGUACGCGCGGCGUCAUCCAAACUGAACCGAUGUGGCCCAAAUGAUUGUAUUUGUCGUCCUUAUAUUAUUGUGCGUCGUGGGCCGGUUAUAUCAUUUCUGCCGACCUGAAUUUGAGCAGUAUUUGAUGAUGACUAACCCCGGAACGGCCUUACCUGUCGGCGACUGUCGCCCGUCAGACUGGUGAGUCUGGUUCUGAGACUGCGGGAGUGGGCUCACAGGAGCUUAGCGCAGGAGCAGCGGAGGCCCGACUCCUUCCUGGACCGCUUCAGGGGCCCGGAACUCGCGAAGGCCCCCAGCCGCGCCAGCGACGCGACGACGCACGCCGAGGGCAUCUUGAGGAAAAAAUGGGAUGUUUUUGUGGUGUCCCCAUCCGACGACGCUUACUACCGCUGGCUGUUCAUCAUUGCCGCGGCGGUGCUGUACAACUGGUUCCUUGUUGUGGCGAGGGCGUGUUUCGAUCGAUUGCAGGUGGCCAACUACAUCUGCUGGCUGGUGCUGGACUACGUCGCCGACGCGGUUUACGUGGCCGACACUUGUGUGCGACUUCGCACAGACGUGGCCUGGUUGGCGUCGUCGCGCAAAAGGCUUCCUUGAGCAAGGCCUCCUGGUGAAGGACCACAGCAAGCUCAGGGACAACUACGUGCGUACGCUCCAGUUCAAGCUGGACGUGGCGUCCAUCCUGCCCACCGACCUGGCCUACUUCCGCACCGGCAUCCACACGCCGCAAGUGCGCUUCAACCGCCUGCUCCGCUUCCCGCGCAUGUUUGAGUUCUUUGACCGCACGGAGACGCGCACCAACUACCCGAACAUCUUCCGCAUCUGCAACCUGGUGCUCUACAUCCUGGUCAUCAUUCACUGGAACGCCUGCAUUUACUACGCCAUCUCCAAGUCUUUGGGCCUGGGCUCGGACUCUUGGGUGUUUCCAAACGUCUCCAAACCGGAGUAUUCCUCGCUCACUCGGAGUUACAUCUACUGCCUGUACUGGUCCACUCUCACGCUCACCACGAUCGGGGAGAUGCCGGCGCCGGUUCGGGACGAAGAGUACCUUUUUGUGGUUUUUGAUUUCCUGGUGGGCGUGCUGAUCUUCGCCACCAUCGUGGGAAACGUCGGGUCCAUGAUCUCCAACAUGAACGCCACCCGCGCCGAGUUCCAGGCUCGGAUCGACGCCGUCAAACAUUACAUGCACUUCCGCAAAGUCAGCAAAGAACUGGAGACGCGCGUCAUCAAGUGGUUCGACUACCUCUGGCUCAACAAGAAAGCCGUGGACGAGCAGGAGGUGCUCAAGAACCUGCCGGACAAACUGCGGGCCGAGAUCGCCAUCAACGUCCACCUGGAGACCCUGAAGAAAGUGCGCAUCUUUCAGGACUGCGAGGCGGGACUGCUGGUGGAGCUCGUCCUCAAACUGCGGCCGCAGGUCUUCAGUCCCGGAGACUACGUCUGCAGGAAAGGCGACAUCGGCAAGGAGAUGUUCAUCAUCAAAGAGGGCAAACUGGCCGUGGUGGGAGACGACGGCGUCACCCAGUUGGCCCUCCUGGUCGCCGGCGGCUGCUUUGGAGAAAUCAGCAUUCUGAACAUCAAAGGGAGCAAAAUGGGCAACCGGCGGACCGCCAACAUCCGCAGCCUGGGCUACUCGGAUCUCUUCUGCCUCUCCAAGGACGACUUGAUGGAGGCCGUCAUGGAGUAUCCCGACGCCAGGACCGUUCUGGAGGAGCGGGGUCGCGAGAUCCUGAUCAAGGAGGGGAUGCUGGAGGUCGCCGCCGAGGGCGGCGGCCUGCGGCGGGAAGACACCGAAGAGAAGGUGGAGAGGUUGGAGUCCUCCCUCGACGGCCUCCAGGCGCGCCUUUCGCGCCUUCUCGGCGACUACGCGCACACGCAGCAGAGGCUGAAGCAGCGCAUCGCGCUGCUGGAGCGGCGGACCGCUCACACCGAGGCCGAUCCGGAGGCGCUCGCGCUUUGAGCGGCUUUUUCGAAUCAGGCGCCCGUCGUACGCUCGACCCGAGUUUGGGCGAGUGCCGCUUGAGGAAAGCGGGCCGCCAAAACGGCAAUUGGGAUACGCCGACGUCCUUGCGAGUGGCCACCGCAACCCGCGGACGGCAGCGGGAAAACGGGCAAAUGCAAGGAGCCGCUGUAGCCUCCUCCGCCUACGGCAUGUUGCUGACGAGGCCGCGCCCCCGACGCGUACGUGCACAAGUGCGCUUUACCCCAAAGCACUUCUUUCGAGAUUUAGUUUUCACGAGUCAUGAUUGCGGCUUUAUUUGUAAUAAGCUGUAAGUGGACAGACAACCCCUGGGGGAAAAAAAGAAGGGUUCGAAUCCGUCAUUUCAAAAGGAGUGCAACAGUCUCGCCCGCGCCGAAAGGAACUGGUUUGCGAGCGGCAUCGCUCAGCCGAAGGAUUUGCACCGACAACAGCGCAGUUCUGGCCCCCGAACGCCUCGUCUCGUGGGAACAGAGUCCGAGGACAGAUGCAGGAAGGUGAGCGACGCAAACAAGGCCGGCCGCCCGCCAUCAAAUUUGAGUUCAUUUUUUCCCCUCUCGCUCUCCCAAGUGUGUGUCGGAGGUAGCGGAGGCUCCGUAGCGCAGCGGUCUGGUAAACUAAAGGUCGUGAGUUCGGAUCCCGCUGGGGCCUCCGCUGCCCAAGAGGGGUUGCGUCAGGAAGGGGGCCACCUUAAUUCACCUCGGUGGUAUUUUACAGGUCGAGAUGACCCAUUCAAGAAAUAAAUCAGUCGAA